UCCAUUCUGUCUACCCCGCUCAGAUCUUCCAGGAGCAUGGAAGCUUUGAGCGGCGCCUGGCGCUAUCUUCUUAGCGACGACGCGUUUGGCGGGGCUAUCUAAUCGCCCGGCCAAGCGUCACUCGUCGCUUAUCGAGGAGAGCCUAUCUCUAGCGCCUAGACCCGCAGCGCGCUUCGAACCUUCGGACAAGCGCCACACUGCGAAGCAUGUCGGACAACCCCACCCUUAUCGACGCUGCCUAUCCGCGUCGUACGACGGCGGCAUAGAGGCAUGCGAAGCGGCUGCGACAAGGCCCACCAUCAUGCCGUCGACGUCAAAGGACAACGACGUAAAGGACGCCCUGGCUGGGCGCCACCACCAGCACACUUUUCCACCCUCUCCCUCAUCGGUGUCAGCCUGUCGAUCCUCAACACCUGGAACUCGGCCACCGAGGCCAUCUACACGUCGCUGCCCGCGGGCGGCAACACGGUGAUGCUCUUUGGCACCUUUGUCGGCGGUGCCGGUGCGCUGCUCAUCGCCAUGUCGCUUGGCGAGGUGUGCCAUGUGCUCCCCUUCAGCGGCGGCCAAUACCACUGGACCUACAUCCUGGCCCCACGCCGCGUGCGCCGGCCCCUCUCCCACCUCGUCGGCUGGCUCGGCACCGCAGGCUGGGUCACCCUGACGGCGUCGGCGCCCUACUUUGCCUCGACGCUGACCCUCAACAUCAUCCCCGCCUUCCACCCGACGUUUGAGCAGCAGCCCUACCACCUCUUUCUCAUGUACCUCGCCUUCACCGUCUACGGCACGCUGAUCAACAUCUUUGGCGUGCGCAUCUUUGACGCCAUGAACCGGCUCUCGAUGUGGAGCUCGGAUGCGUCGGCAAUCACCAUCUUUGUCACGCUCCUCGCCUGCGCGGGCUCCCAGCACCGCCUCCAGCCCGCCAGCUUCGUCUUUGGCUGGCACAUCAACCAGACUGGCUGGCCCGACGGCGUUGCCUGGAUCCUCGGCCUGCUCCAGACGCAGUAUGCCCUGGCGGGCGUCGACGGUGCCGCACACCUCAUCAACGAGAUCGAGGAUGCACACAUCAACUGCCCAAAGGCCAUGGUCUACUCGUGCGUCCUCGGCGCGCUCCAUGCCUUUGUCGUCCUCGUCGCCGUGGCAGCCACAAUGACGGACCCGCUGGCCGUCAUUGACGCCGGCCCCGCCGCCAUCCUCACGGCCUUCAUCCAGGGCGUGGGCAACGCAGCGGGGGGCACCGCGCUCUGCGUCCUCGCCCUCAGCACCUUUCUCUUCAACACGCCCGCCCUCAUGACGGCCUGCUCGCGCAUGGUCCAGUCGCUGGCCGUCGAUGGCCAGCUGCCCAUGGCCAGCUACCUGGGCCGGACGCACCCCAAGCUCGAGGUGCCCGUCUGGUCGAUUGUCUUUACCACGGCCUGGAUGGCGGCGCUGGGCCUGCUCAUCUUUGGCUCCGACGAUGCGCUGAGCGCGAUUCUCAGCUCGUCGGUUAUUCUUCUUCAGACGUCGUACAUUCCCACGAUUGCCCUCGUGCUCAUGCAGCGGCCCGUGCUGCACUCGCUCAGCCUCUAUGGCAAGACGCGCUACAACCUCGGUCCCUGGGCCGGCCGCAUCAUCAAUGCCGGUGCACUGGCCUACAUUGCCGUCAUCUCGACCUUUCUCUGCUUCCCCACGUCGCUGCCCGUCACCGAUGCGGCGAGCUUCAACUACACGAUUGCCGUCGUCGCCGGCGUCCUCGUGCUCACGGCAAUCAACUGGUAUGCCUAUGCGCGCACAAACGGCCGCGUCCCCGAAGAGGUCCGUGCCAAGCUUGGCGACGACUUUGAAUAGCUCCCUGGCUCUGCAUUGCAAUGUUGAUUCCAUUCCUGUCCCACUCUUGCUCUUUGAACUGCCGAGUUCAGUACCCCACUCUUUCUCUAGUGCUGAGUACCCCUCCAAGCCGGGGUCAGGCCGGUGGUUCCCCCCCAGCCAAGGUCGGCAAGCGGCGCGUCUGGCGUCGCUAAGCGUCGCUCAGUUAAGCGCCGCGAUAAAGGCGAGAUAAGCGCGUCGAGAACCUUGAUAAAUCUUCUCGAGUCGCACGACCCAGCCUGGACUCAGGCAACCAUGCGCGCGCCCAUCCUCACCGCAGCAACAGCGGCCGUCUCCCUGCUGACUGGCACACUGGCCACGCUCGAUGCCGCGCAGAAGAUCUUGGGCCACGACCACAGCAGCCAUGACCACAUGCG